CCUCAAUUCGAUAUUUCAGAAGAGACGUUACCAUACCAGUGUGGGAUUCGAACCCACGUCUCUUUGCAGAGCAUAAUCUUAGAUCGCCUUCCCGAAUCAUUUGGAGUGGACAACCCGUUGAAUUUGAAUACAGAGACACCGCAGCAGCAUGUUAUCAUACUGGUAUGUGAAAUUUAAUUUUUUUCCUUUUCCCCUGUGUGUGUCAGAACGGCCAAGUGUCUGAUUUUCUAUUUUCCUCAUCCGGAAGGCUCACCGGAAGUACUCGCGUUGUCAGUCAUAUCAAUUGAGAUUCAGUUCUUUUGCCAGGCGCCAGCUGAAUUUGCGAAUGUUAAGUUGUCGAUUGUUUUAAUGCUAAUUGAACUUUGGCCGACUUUGGCCUAAAUUUACUUUAAUUAGAGAACCGUAACCGUCUGAAUCCCGAAUUGAGUAGACACAGAAAACGCAAGAUUGGCUCCUUUGCUUGUUUCUGUUUGUGUCGGUUUGUGUGGUGUAGAAUGGGGCGUUGUUUGAAACGAUUUAACGUUGGUUUCUAAAAAGGGGAUUUUCUAUCAUUUGCAAUUAAGACAGUGAUUUGUAAUCUCUCCCUUCGUUUAAUUUAUUUAUUUUGUUAUUUUUUUUUUCUCCCGUUCCAUGUUUGUUGUGAACUAGUUUGUGAUCUCUGAUGUUAUUAGUCACGAGAUUGUUUUUUUUUUAACCACCGAGUUAUAGACUUUCGAGAUAUAAUCAAGCCGAGGAUUCCGCAUUUCUGGUGUCUGGAUUCCUCCGGGUUGUGCGACGUUGUAACAUGAUUUCGACCUAUCUAGGUAACUGAAACGUUGAGCGAGCUUUCUUGUUUGAGUCGAAAACUUAACUUUAACCCUAGUUUAAAUUACCGGCUUAACAUUUUGUUCUACUAUAGUCGUACUAGAAUCAUCUGGUAAGAGAAACAAAUGAACUGAGAAAGGAACGGUUCCGCCUACGAGUGUCAACUCUGUAUUUAGCAAGUCCACUUUAUCUAUACAUCAAAUCAAUUAUUUUUCUUUCUUCAUAGAACAGAUCAAAAAUAAAACGGAAGCUCAUUAGAGUGUCGCUUGUUCGUAAGGGGGGAAUCACAAUAAGUGGGCGAGAGACUGGCAACAAUUUCUUCUCCUCAGUUUCUGGUGGAUUGCUCAGUCAGUCCUUCUCGCCUCUGCCGUGAAUUUCACCAAAGUUAUUGAAAUAAUAAUAAAAUGAGAGGGCUCAUUUAACACAAAGAAAUCAAGAAGGUCAUUUUGACUCUACAAAACGAAGAGAGGGUGGGGUAAAAGUCAAAGUGGAAGGUUUUUCUUUGAUUGUUACUCCAAUCAACCAUUCACGUCUACGUAAGAAAAACCAAAUGUGGAUUUAUUGCAACUUAAUUUGAAAAGUUGCGAAAAGUUGUUUUCUUCUGUCAUACUUCUGUUAGCCACCUCUGUAAGAAAAAAGAUAAAAUAUGUUAUGGAUUUUUACGUGAUGAUCAGUGAUUAUUUCAGUGACUUUGUUAACUAUAAUCACUUCAAAAUAUUUUAAAUUCGGGUUCUAAUGAUAAACGAAUGAUUUUUUUGGAUUCCGGUCUAAUUUUUGAAACAUCUUGAUUUUUGACUGACUUAGUAUUCAUCAGUGAAAAAUCGUGGUAUUUCCGUGACAUUCUGAUCUAAUUUAAUAUUUAACUCCAACUGUGAUUUCACAUCUGAAUUGAUUUAGUUUAUAGUUGGGAAAAAACCGUAAAAUAAUAACAAUUUUUAAUGAAAAUUUCUAAAUUAUGAAAUGGCACAUUCACAUACGUUAAAUAUCCACACCGCGAAAGUUAUGCAACGUUGCUGAAACGAGUAUUCUACUUUACAGCAGUCGAGAUUAUAGUACAUUUCAAAGUUUAGAAAUUAUCAUUUCGAAAGUUAACACGUGUUUAGUGAAAAGUUUAUAUUAAAGAUGUCCGAAAAGGAUAAAAAAAACAAAAAGUUUGCACUUAUCAUGUGGAGUAAAAAAGUAAAGGACAUACUAUGUUACAGUGUCCAGCCACUUGAAACUGUUAUGAAUAAAAAUCAACAUCAUAAUCCUACAAUCGAAGAUGAAAUUCAAGAGAGGAUCUCACUCAGCACAAUAGACUAUAAAACCCAACUUGGGAGAGUUUUACAAAUUGGGACAAAGAGUGUAUGCAAUAAAGAUGCAAGCAGUAGAGUUGAAAAGUUCAACAAAACACUAAGUAAGGAAGCAAAGGUGAGUUCUGAAAAAGGAAAUAGUGGAUCAGAUGAAGAUGAAGAAAGAUCCAGCAAAGAAGAUAAAGAAGAAAUGGACACAGGUGAAGCAGACAAUUACCCAAAGGCUGAGCGAAACCAAUUGUCAACUAUAACGAAUUUGGAGAAAAAAUUAGAAGAAAAGGAAAUCGAAAUAACACAACUACGGAAAGCAAACCAAGACAUGGAGGGAAAACUGAAAAACAAGGACGAGAAAAUCAACGCACUUAUUACAAAGAAUAUUUUUCUCCAAAACACUUUGCCUUCUAAGUUCGCAGAAAUGGCUCAAGGCAGCCCAAAGAAGAGGAGGGUUGGCGAAAAUAUUGCUGACUGGAACAAUCCUGAAGUGGUAGAUGCACUGGAAAAACUUAACCUUACAACAAAAGAAAAAAGGGAGUUGAAAAGCAAAACAAAAUCCUCGCUUUUGGCCAGGGCAUGCCUCGCAUAUUGCUUCCCAAUCGACAUUCUAGCAAAAUCUGUGGUGAAAGGGGGCAACCAACAAAAAUCAAAAGAUGACAGCAAAUAAGAUGAAGAAAAAGUGGAUGCCAUAUGUGAAUUCGUUCAGUGUAGAUUCCCAGAUUCAGAUAGGAAGACAAUCAUCAGUAUUUUCGGAUUGAAGAUAAGAGAUGUGAAACGAAAAGCUAGCUCUGAUGAUAAAGAUAGUGUGUCAGAUCCAGAAUCUGUGGGCGAAGGUAACCGAUGAUUAAACUUGCAAAUGUUGGCAAGACUAUCACAUGCCCAGUCUGAGAAGAAUAAUGUAUUGUGCGUCGUCGCUUUCUUCAAUAAAAUAAAGUAAAAAGUUUGUAAAAUUCUUUUGAAAAGCAAAAGUCAGGCUAUAAGAAUCAUUUCAAUAUGAGAUAUAAUCGCUAGUCAAGAUAACGCUAUUUAAAUGUUAUAUGAGCAUUAAGUAUAUAUUUUGUAAAUGUCAUUCCAAUGUCAUGUAUGAAUCGAACAAUUAUCAUAUGAACAUCAGUAAUAAUCAAAUAAAUAUCUUGGAAUAAUCACCCAAUAAAAAGGGACAAAAUCUUA